UGACUGCAAAUAGGUACAUUUUUAUGUUAAAGACAAUGUUAUUACCAUGUGCUAGGAGAUGAGGAUACUGAUUAUGUGGCAAGCAGAGUUACAAAUAUGUCAGAGAGGGCUGCAUUAUGGUGUCAUUCUGGGGUCAGUGUGGGGACUGGACCUUCCAGAUAGAGCUAGUCCAGAGUCGUACCAGACCAUCCUGAAUCCUCUGGACUGUUUCCCCUAUGUAUUUCCCUGGAAGCUUCAGGCAGUGCCUCAUAAGCCAAUGGAAUCUGUUGCUAAUAGCCACAGCAUAUCCCUUGCAUAAUAUGACCUCUAGAUUACUGGGCCUUAAUUACUUCCCAGCUCUUCUACGCUUUGGUUUAGAAAAAUGAAGUAGUGACUUACGGGUGAAGAAAGUAUUCAAGCAGUUGACAUUUAUUUCAGUCAAGAGACAGUUCAGUGGGGGAUACAAACAAGUAACUUAGUUACAAUAUAAUAGUUAUGAUGAGAGGAAGUACUGGAUGCUAAACAAUUAUAUGAGACAGCUCAGGCUGGGGGUGUCAAUGAAAGCCUCUUGGAGGAAGUAGCCUGAUAAGUUAACUUUCUGCAUGCCAGGGGAUGUAUGUUGUGUUCACAGCGAAGGUACUCCCUUCAGCCUGUCCCAGAAAAGAGGAUUCCAAACCGGUACUUAGGCCAGCCCAGCCCGUUUACACACCCACACCUCCUCAGACCGGGGGAGGUAACUCCAGGACUAUCUCAGGUGGAAUAUGCACUUCGCAGACACAAACUAAUGUCUGUGAUCCAGAAGGAAGCUCAAGGGCAGAGUGGGACAGACCAGACAGUGGUUGUGCUCUCCAACCCUACAUACUACAUGAGCAACGACAUUCCCUAUACUUUCCACCAAGACAACAAUUUCCUGUACCUGUGUGGAUUCCAAGAGCCUGAUAGCAUUCUUGUCCUUCAGAGCCUCCCUGGCAAACAAUUACCAUCACACAAAGCCAUACUUUUUGUGCCUCGUCGAGAUCCCAGUCGAGAACUUUGGGAUGGUCCGCGAUCUGGCACUGAUGGAGCAAUAGCUCUAACUGGAGUAGAUGAAGCCUAUACGCUAGAAGAAUUUCAACAUCUUCUACCAAAAAUGAAAGCUGAGACGAACAUGGUUUGGUAUGACUGGAUGAGGCCCUCACAUGCACAGCUUCACUCUGACUAUAUGCAGCCCCUGACUGAAGCCAAAGCCAAGAGCAAGAACAAGGUUCGGGGUGUUCAGCAGCUGAUACAGCGCCUCCGGCUGAUCAAAUCUCCUGCAGAAAUUGAACGAAUGCAGAUUGCUGGGAAGCUGACAUCACAGGCUUUCAUAGAAACCAUGUUCGCCAGUAAAGCCCCUGUGGAAGAAGCCUUUCUUUAUGCUAAGUUUGAAUUUGAAUGCCGGGCUCGUGGCGCAGACAUCUUAGCCUAUCCACCUGUGGUGGCUGGUGGUAAUCGGUCAAACACUUUGCACUAUGUGAAAAAUAAUCAACUCAUCAAGGAUGGAGAAAUGGUGCUUCUGGAUGGAGGUUGUGAGUCUUCUUGCUAUGUGAGUGACAUCACACGUACGUGGCCAGUCAAUGGCAGGUUCACUGCACCUCAGGCAGAACUCUAUGAAGCCGUUCUAGAGAUCCAGAGAGAUUGUUUGGCCCUCUGCUUCCCUGGGACAAGCUUGGAGAACAUCUACAGUAUGAUGCUGACCCUGAUAGGACAGAAGCUUAAAGACUUGGGGAUCAUGAAGAACAUUAAGGAAAAUAAUGCCUUCAAGGCUGCUCGAAAAUACUGCCCUCAUCAUGUUGGCCACUACCUCGGAAUGGAUGUCCAUGACACUCCAGAUAUGCCCCGUUCCCUCCCUCUGCAGCCUGGGAUGGUAAUCACAAUUGAGCCAGGCAUUUAUAUUCCAGAGGAUGACAAAGAUGCCCCAGAGAAGUUUCGGGGUCUUGGUGUACGAAUUGAGGAUGAUGUAGUGGUGACUCAGGACUCACCUCUCAUCCUUUCUGCAGACUGUCCCAAAGAGAUGAAUGACAUUGAACAGAUAUGCAGCCGGGCUUCUUGACCUUCACUGGGGCCCACAUGCACCUCAGGUUCAAGAUGGGUGUCUUCUGGCAGCCCUGCACAUGUGCUUUCUGAGUGUCUCUGUGUGUGCAUUAAUAUAUGCAUUCCAUUUGGGAGCAUAGCAGCUGUGUGAAUGUAUGUAAUCGUGUGUGGGGGGUUUUUUGUUUUAAGUAGUUAGAAGUCUGGAAAAAUGAAUUUUGGAAUUCUAUAGAAAAAAUGAAUUUUUUCUAUAGAAUUAAUGACCAGAGCAAGUUUAAUUUUUAAACAUAAAGGUCUUGGUUACAUAUGUCCAUGCAUUCCAGUUAACACAUUUAAACAUAUAGAAAAUUCACUUCUUCUUUUCAAGUCCUUCCCUUUCUAUACUUUUGCUGAGAUCCACCCAAUAUCAUAAGAAGUUUCUGUGAUGCCUGUAUUUUUAGCUAAUUACCAAGGUCUCUGCCUAUGCGAAAAUUCAUCUGUCGGUGAUUGUGGGUGGCCAAUACAUACCUUAUGUAACUCCUCCCUACCUAUUCUAGAUCCUGCAUAUCUACUGGAGCCAUAUGAGCCCUCAGGGACACUGGUGUCCUGCAGUCUUAUUAGUCAGCCACAGUCCAGGUUCCAGCAACACUAGCUACCUACCAAACAAAACACUUUUGAGCUUUUCUUGCCAUUUGCCUGGGACCUGGAAAGUGUUUAGAUUCUUGAUAAAGAAGGAAAUGGAAGAGAAAGAAAAUUAUGUAUGUAUAUACUAAAGAUCCAGACAUCAGGGCUGGGCACAGUGGAUCUGCCUGUAAUCCCAGCACUUUGGGAGGUCGAGACAGGUGGAUCUCUUGAGACCAAGAGGUCAAAACCAGCCUGGCCAACGUGGUGAAACACUGUCUCUACUAAAAAUACAAAAAUGAGCUGGGUGUGGUGAUACAUGCCUGUAAUUCUGGCUACUUGGGAGGCUGAGGCAUGAGAAUUGCUUGAACCUGGGAGGUGGAGGUUGCAGUGAGCUGAGCUCAUGCGACUGCACUCCAGCCUGGAUGACUGAGCAAGACUCUGCCUCAAAAAAAAAAAAAAAAUCCGGACAUCCUGCCAUCUUUUCUCUUCAAUUUAAAGAUGAUUUCUUAAUGAUGGCUUCAAAAAUUAAUAAAAAGAAAAGAAAAAAAAUGAUUUCUUUCCCAGACAUCCCUGCUCCCUCUAUAGAUUCUUAAUGCCCUGACCCUCACAGGUUACCCUUGUAGUUGUUGUGCUGCGCAGAAGCAGAUCCUCUACUUACAUACCCUGUCAGAGUCCCAGUAGUGGCACCCAGUUUUCAGAGAAGUACCCCUGUUAUCAUUCUGUGAUUUCCUCUAGUGCUAAUAGAAACAAAAUACGGAAUCUACCAAGUACCUGUAAAUAUCCUAUGAUUCUUAUCUUUCUUUGAUACUAGCAUUGGGAGUGCAGUGGUAAAGAGUCGUAUUUCUUUUUUAUUUUUUUUGGAAACAGAGUCUCGCUCUGUCGCCUGGGCUGGAGUGCAGUGGUGUAAUCUCGGCUCACUACAACCUCCACCACCUGGGUUCAGGCAAGUCUCCUGCCUCAGCCUCCUGAGUAACUGGGACUACAGGUGCAUGCCGCCAUGCCCAGCUAAUUUUUUGUAUUUUAAUUUUUUGUAUUUUAGUAGAGACAGGGUUUCACCCUGUUGCCCAGGCUGGUCUCAAACUCCUGAGGUUAGGCAAUCCGCCCACCUCAGCCUCCCAAAGUGCUAAGAUUACAGGCAUGAGCCACCACGCCCGGUUUAAGAGUCAUAUUUCUUUAAACACAAACAUUGGAUACAAUUAUACAGCAACUCAGUUUGCAAGGUGAACAGGGCUAGAUUACCACAGAUAGCUUAUUUAGGAGCUUCUGUGAUAGAGGGAAGCUUUAAGAACCAGUGUGUUCACCUCCUUUAAACCUGGAUAUGAGCUCAAGAUGUAUAAAACAUGCCAAUUGUUAGAACACAACUUUGAGGGUUUCUUAAAAAAACAAUUUGUAUUAGGGAAGCACAAGCUAGGGGAUUAACAAUCUCUGCAAUGCUGGAAGUUUGCCUAUCUUAUCAGGGAAACCCAGGGUACAGAGUGAAAAGCAGACAGGCAGUGACUUCCUCAAGAGACAGAUAAUGUGAAAACAAAAGUGAUACAAAUUAUAUCCUGACAGUGCUAGCCUAGGAAUGCCUGGCUUUGCGCACCUUAUCUAAGCAGCUCUCGGAAUGAAGGCUGCACAGCUGGAGUCUCCAUCGCCCCUACUCACCCUCCCACCUCCAAAUAUCCACACCCACACCCUGUUCAGCUUUGUUAAUAAUACAAAGAUCACAAAUGUGAAGCACAAAUGCUGCUUCUCCCCCUCCUGUUCCCAUGUCAGAGAUGGAGAAGAAAGCACAGUGAGCUGUUCACCAGUCCAGCGGUGACCUCGGAGUCCUUUGUAACAGUGUUUCCAAUAACUGCUGCCAAUAAAACAGAACCUAUCUGCUGUCCCUCAACUAGUGUCUGAUAGCUGAGAAUGUAAUUCGUUUGUGUGUCUAUUAGAAAAUUAGGCAGCCCCCACAGAGAGUAGCAGCAUAAAGGAACCUGCUUAGAAGAGGUUUUUAUGGUGUGAUUGUGUUUUUUUUUUUUUUUAAUUUUUGUUUCCUGAAGUAGAAUCCAUAGCUCAAAAGUUUUAAGCCUGAGAAAAUAUAACUUGAGGUGUUUUUUAUGCUCCUAAUGAAAAGAUGAAUGAAUGCAUCAUUAAACCUUAACAGUAGAGCAGAAUUUCACUGUUACAAACCGCAUGGGUUCUCCUGGUUGUGCUGCUGUUCUCUACUUGUGUGUCACUGAGUUUGAGCAUCAUUAUUGUUUGAAUCAGAGGACCCACUGGAAUCAAGCCUUCUUGGAGUUGCUGCGCAAGAAUCUGAGAAAACUUCAAUCUUUACUAGCAUUUCUUAAUGCUUUCCAUAACUUUUGUGCAAUUAUGUAAGUUCAAUUUAGACAAAAUGCUGUUACUUUUUAAGGCAUUACUAAUAACUGAAAAUAGUUACAUCAUUGCCCAUCAAGGGAAAAGCAUUUGUAACUGUCAUUUAAAAAAAAAUAAAACUAUAAAACAGUAUA